GCCUAAUUAUUACACUCUACUAGUCUACUCACUAAUUUAUGGAAUUGUUAUUGAUUUACGUGGUCAAUCAUGGCGGAUUCUAUAGCGUCACCGGGAGAAGAAGACGCUGUCUCGGAGGGGUUUAAGGAAUGGGAGAGAAUCAACUGCGCUCGAUUCAUCAGAAACUCGCCUACGACCGGUUGGCCGUUGGUCUCUAUCCGAGAUGUAUCCUCCGAUCAAUCCCCAGACGACCUUAUUCUCUUUCCUCCGGUCAACCAUGAGAACCUACACGCCUCCACAAAUCCCCUUCACCCCCAGUAUAAUAUCCAAUCGUCGUAUUCAUCCCCGUUCCCGCCGUCUCCCUGGGAAUCAUCGUCGCCCUCUACCAUGGGCAUAGACAACGACGAUUGGUCGUAUUCACCCCAUCCUUCGGAAUUCCAGCUUUCUGAACCGGAAAAAUCUCUUCCCAACAGCCCUAAGCGGCCACCGAACUCGACCUUUGGUUCGGCAAGUUGGUGGAAUUUCGGAAUUAAAGUUCUGCUUUCCAAAUUCUACGGCCCUGAGCAGCAUUUUCGAAACAUUUCAUGCACAGCUCCAGGAACACUCGCUUCAUUUUUAUCUCCAAUUGGCAGAUCUACCCUCGCCGCAGUUGCUGUGUUUUUUUUGUGUUUCCGGUGGUGGAGGAGAUUGACGCGCAGUGGCCAGAGCAGAGGAGAGCUUAUUCGAACAAUUGCGCAAAAAGAUGAGAGGAUAAACCAGCUGAUGAACCAAAUUGCCGAGAUGAAUCAAUUGCUGCUGGCAUUUCAUAGAGGUCAUCAUGUAUCCAACAAUUAGUAGCCCAUGUUUAUUUCAGAAUUGGACUCUGCAUCUUAUUUUAUAAAUCCUUGCAGUUUGCACCCGAACUCCAUAAAGUUGGUAAUUUUUCUUAAACAUUGCACCCCAGGUUAGAUUAAUGUAUGACUUGGCGUUCCACUUCUAGGACAUUGGAGGGUGCAAACGGCAAGAAAUUUAAAAACUGAGAGCAAGGUUCAAUUUUGAUACAAACCGAAAUGUAAGUGCCCCAACGAUGGGGCGGUGAGUCCAAUUUUCCCUACAAUUAAAGUGCCAUCAUCAUCAUCAUUCUACUAGGCUGUAGUAUUAUGGAUACCAUGUCCAUACCAACUGUAGAUGAGCCGUUGAUAAUCAAUCCCCUUGUGGUUUUGGGGUAUCGUUUCAUUCAAUGUCAAAGUAGUGUUCAAGUAUGCCAAUGGAGGUCCCUAUGUCACUUCUGUAUGAAACAACCGUGAUGAGAAUAGCAUGGCAUAUAGCCAUUGUUCCUAUUCAAUUCUUCUCCCUGCAAUCUCUCAUGAUUUAUUUGAGACGAUUCUAUACUUUUGGAAUUGUGGUUAAUGAGGAUGUCUCAUAACCAAGAAUUCAAUUUUUAUACUACGUAUUUUUUACCACUAGCUCGGG